GCGUCACCCGCGUGAUCAUUGGGGCGGAAGUGGACUGCUUUAUCCUCACGUAACAGUGUUGCGUUUGUUCAGGGUUUUCUUAUUUUUGAUCAGUGAGAGACAAGGUCCCGUUAACACCACACGGAUUUCCAGAGAAAUGGCCAUGAGUUGAUGCUGAUGUCAUGCGUGAUGUGAUGUGCAGGCGUGUGAUGUGACUUGACAGCAGCAGAUGAAGGAUCUGGUGUGUCAUGUCGGAGAUUUCUUCAGCGAGCGAUGGAGUUUCAGUGCGACGGGGUCCUUACGUCAGCAUGAUCACCAACCUCACCGUAAACCUGCUGAUCCGCGCUGCCGUGCUCUUCACGGUGGGCGUCGUCUUAGCGCUGGUGCUCAACCUGUUACAGGUGCAGCGUAACGUCACUCUCUUCCCUCCUGAUGUCAUCAGCAGCAUCUUCUCAUCCGCCUGGUGGGUCCCACCCUGCUGUGGAACGGCCGCAGCCUUGAUAGGUUUGCUGUACCCGUGUAUGGACAGUCAUCUGGGAGAGCGGCACAAGCUGAAGAGGGAGUGGUCCAAUGUCAUGCGCUGUGUGGCCGUCUUCGUGGGCAUAAAUCACGCCAGUGCUAAGGUGGAUUUUGCGAAUAACGUGCAGCUGUCGUUGACACUGGCCGCUCUAUCUGUGGGUCUGUGGUGGACGUUUGAUCGAUCUCGCAGCGGGUUUCUACUGGGAGUCAUCAUCACCAUACUGGCCACACUGGUCACACAGCUGCUGGUUUACAACGGCGUGUUUCAAUACACCUCGCCUGACUUCCUGUACAUUCGCUCAUGGCUGCCGUGUAUCUUCUUUGCCGGGGUGAUAACUGUGGGGAAUAUCGGACGACAGCUGGCCCUGUAUGAGCACAAAGUCACCCAGGAGAAAAUUCAUCAGGAUUAACCGAAUGAAAUAAAGCGCUGUGAUCCUCUGAGGGUUCGAGGACGGAUCAGUGCUAUGAUGUAUUCUGACUCCCUGGCAUAUGAGUGUUUCUGUGACGCCAGGGUCAUUAACACAUGCUGGCGUACUGUCUGCAACGCUAUUGGCUGUGGUGAAGUGCCAACCUGACUGUGAUUGGUUGAACUGAAUAGGCAGACUCCGGUGUGUGUAGCCAAUAAGACUGAAUGUUUACACACGUCACAGACAGAAGAAACAUUUUUAGGUGUUUUGGACUUCAUUAUUUACCGUGGAGGCCGAUCGGUGUUUAUUGUGUGCUUGCAUGUUGCUCUCAUAGGACAUCGAUGCAAUACGCUGAUUAGCCUUUGCAGAAACGCAUGAAGUCAAACGCACCUAUUCUCUUCACACACACUUUUUUACUGUUUUUCUAUUUGAUCUUCCAGCUGUUUUAUCUGUUCUAUUUACACCAAAAACUACUUCAGUGAAGCAGGGGGUGUAUAUAACACAUAAUCACAUUUCUCAUAUUCACCACCAGAGGGCGUCAGAGCACAAUACACACGGGGAUUGAUGCAUGCAACAGAUACUCAGCCUGCUGCUGUGAUCAGAAGAAAAAAUGAAACAAGUAUUUAUUUAUGCUUUUAUGAAUACUUGAAUCCUUAAUAACAGGAUUAUAGGGAUAGUUCACCCAAAACUCUGUUUCUUCCUUAUUCAGAACACAACAGUAGAUAUUUUGAAGAAUGUCAAUAAUCAAACAACAUUGAACCCCAUUGACUUCCUUUGUAUAAACACAAAAUCACUGAGACAUUUCUCUAAAUAUCUUCUGGUGUGUGUUUCACAUGCAGAGCAGAUUAACAACCACAUGACGGAGAAUAAAUGACAGAAUAAUUUAUAUUUUUGUGUGAACUGUCCCUUUAAGAUUAUUUUUACCUAUAGCUAUAACAUCUUGCUUCUAUUAGAAUCACCUUUGAUAAAAACAUUUGCAUUUCAGAGUUAAAAUUAAAUGGAUUUGGACUCACAUUCCAUUGAGUUUUACUGAAGCCUUAAUGAAACUGAAAGCUCAGAGAGACACGGUCUGUUCAAUGACCUCACAUACAUUAAGGGAAAUUAUUUCUGUCUUAUCUUGCUUGUUUUAUUUCAUGUUUUUUUUUUAUAUUGAGAAAAGUUUUAUUAAGUGUUACAAUGAGUUAUUCUACAGAAACUGAAUGUGAAUCUCUUCAUUGUGGUUUACAUUUCAGCACAUUUACUGCUUUUGAAGGUUGAUGUUACAUUUGCAUUAUUAAAAGAUUGAUUACAUUACUAUUAUAA